GACAGCCUGCCUGUUCCGGGGAGGAGGAGAGGAGUGUCUGCUCACUGACACUGUGGACACGGUAAACCCAGAGAGCGGUGAAGGCCUAAACGCGUGAGUGUUUGUGACUGCGAGAGAGAGACGAUGGUGGAGGUGGUAUUCCUCCACCCGGACCUGGGGAUCGGCGGCGCCGAGCGGCUGGUGGUGGACGCGGCGCUGGCCCUGCGCAGGCGCGGUUGCGGUGUACAAAUCUGGACGGCUCACUUUGAUCAUGCGCACUGCUUCUCGGAGUGCCGGCGGCCGGCGCUGCCUGUUCACUGUGUUGGGGACUGGUUGCCCCGGACGUUGCUAGGCCGCUGCUCGGCCCUGUGCGCCUACCUGCGGAUGCUGUACGUGGCCUGGUACCUGGUCUUCCUCAGCGGCGUGGAGUUCGACGUGGUUUUCUGCGACCAGGUGUCGGCCUGUAUCCCCGUGCUCAGGUUGUGCCGGCGAGCCAAGCGGGUCCUCUUCUACUGCCACUUCCCGGACCGGCUGCUGCAGAGCGGCAAGCCUGGCCCCCUGCAGCGGCUCUACCGCCUCCCCAUUGACUGGCUGGAGGAGUACACGACAGGCCUGGCCGACCUGGUGCUGGUUAACAGCAAGUUCACAGCCGGAGUCUUCAGGCGCACCUUCCGCUCCCUGUCCCACCUGGAGCCCGAUGUCCUGUACCCGUCGCUCAGCUUCGCCGAGCCGGCGGGCGGCCAGGAGCAGGGCCAGGGCCAGGAGCAGGAGCUGCUGCCGCUGUCCCCGCCGCCGAUCGGGCCCGGCCGGGAUUUCAUCUUCCUUUCCAUCAACCGCUUCGAGAGGAAGAAGAACCUGGGCCUGGCCCUGCGGGCCCUGCACUGCCUCCGGGACCUGUUAGGCCAGGAGGACUGGCAGCGGGUUCACCUGGUGCUGGCCGGGGGCUACGACCCGAGGGUGCUGGAGAACGUCGAGCAUUACCGGGAGUUGCAGGAGAUGGCGACCCAGCUGCAGCUGGCCGAUAAGGUGACUUUCCUCCGCUCGUUCUCCGACCAGCAGAAGGUCUCUCUCCUCCGCCGCUGUCGCUGUGUCUUGUACACUCCCAGCAACGAACAUUUCGGCAUCGUGCCCCUGGAGGCCAUGUACAGUCGGCGGCCGGUCAUCGCCGUGAACUCGGGCGGACCCCUGGAGUCGGUGGUCGACCAAGUCACCGGCUUUCUACGGCAGCCGUCGCCCAGCUCCUUCGCUGAAGCCAUGGAAAAGCUCGUCAGGAGUCCCGAUUUGGGAACAAAAAUGGGAGAGGCUGGAAAAAGUAGAGUCCUUCAAACAUUUUCUGUGGAUGCCUUUACAGAGCAAUUGUAUCAGUAUAUCUGCAAGCUCACACAAUGAAUGUAGAAUAACAGCUGCAGUGUUAAAAAUGAAGAUUAAUUUUGCAUUGCACAAAAUGAAAUUUGACACUCCCUACUUCAAGGAAUGCAUAGUUAUUUUGUUUUGCGAAUAUGGGUUGGGGUAUAUGUCUCUUAAGGUAUACGCACUGAGUGGAGAGAAGUUUGGGACCCAGAAUAACGUUGAGCGUUGGUGUAUUAAUCAGCUGUUUAGGAAGACGUGAGAAAAAAGACAGCUCAACCUCGAGCUGGGAAUAAUGAAUCGGGCUGUCACACACAGCAGUGGUCGUCUGCUGGUUAGAUUGUGUAAUAGUGACACACAUGAAAUAUUAUCCAGCAGCAAUUCUUACAAAUUCUUAAUUAAAAAUUCUUAUUAUUUCAAUGCAAAUUGCAAACAAAAAAUUUUGGCCUGAAAAUUCCAGAUUGGUAAUCUAAUGGUUCCAGCGAGAUGCCAGAUUGGCAUUCAGUAGAAACUCCAAUGACUUUUAGAAAUAAUUUUGAGGAAACAGAUUUGCAAGAGUGAGGGCUAAAUAAACUGGAAUUACAACAGUUAGAUGUCAUGAGGUGGAAGGAGAAUCAUUUGGUACACAAACAGUGAAUUUGGUCAGUCAACUACAUAGUCUGUUUCUAUUGUUUUUAACCAUUGACCAGGAAAUUCCCUGGUGGAGUGCUGAACCAAAAACAAGUCAAACAGUUUUUGGAAACAUAUCAAAAUUAAGUUAAAACCUGAUUUCUGGAGGGGUAAUGACAGGCUCCAGCUUUUCCAGAGGUUUCCAGAUAGGUUGUUCCUAUGUUGUGCAACAUUGGAAGUUGACCAGCUUUGAAUAUUGUAUAAUAUUCAUGUGAGGUUUCUUGGUUACUAAUCCAUUUGGAAACAGAUCCUUCAACCAAAAGUUUGGUUAUCACUGCUUAAUACAUAGUGCUACACUUUCUCUGGUACGAUAUGCUUCAAAUGUGUGAUCUACUUAUGUUUGAUCUCUGACUAAUGUCAGAACACUGCAAACAUAUAGAUUGUGAUCACAUGCAUUAAACAGCAAGGUGGCUCAGUGGUUAGCACUGCUCCUUCACAGCAUCAGUGACCCAGGUUUGAUUUCAGCCUUGAGUGUCUGUCUGUGUGGAGUUUGAAGAUUCUCCCCAUAUCUGUGUGGGUUUCUGUCAGGUGGUCUGGUUUCCUCCUACAUUCCAAAGAUGUGGAUUUUCUGUGCUACAUUGCCCUUAGCAUCUGUGGAUGUGCAGGCUAGGUGGAUUAGCCAUGGUAAAUGCAGAGUUUUGGGGAUAGGCUAGGUUGAGGUGUGAUGUUCUUCAGUGGGUUGAUACAGCCCUGACGGGCCAAAUGCCCUCUUUCUGCACUGUAGGGAUUCUAUGAUAAUGUUAACAAGUCAUGUUUUUUGUAUGUGUAGAGCCAUUUCAACUUUCAUUUUGGAUGUGAAAUUAUCUAAAGCAAUUAGGCAAGAAAUGAGUCUUUUCUGCUGGAGAUAAUCUCUUAUUACUUCAGUUGUAAUAUGGCCACAAUGCAAUUGCCAUUGCUGUAAAGUAGAAUUUCACAAGGUCCAAGGUAGCAAUUUUUAAAACAUUUUGAAUUCAUUUCAUGUAAGCAGGGUCAAAAGAUCAAUUUAACUGCUCUAGUAAAACUUAACAGACUUUCCCAGGACAAAUGAGGAAUGUGCUACUGAAAAUAUAACUGUCCAUCUAUUUUGUUAUAAACAUACCAAUACCUAAAAUGAUGAUAAAUGGGCCUACAAAAAUACAUCAGCGCAAGAAAUACUACUGAAUAUUUUUCUAUUGAUAUUUUAUAGAGAAUAAGUCAAUCUUGGAGUGUUGGAAAAUUUGUACAAAUAAAGAGGCAAUGUUAUAGAACAAAUCAACUUCCAUUUUCAUUUUCUGAUGAAGUGUCUGUCCUGUAUUUUUAAAUUCGUCCAUGGCUCAAUGCGUAGUUGCAUGUUUGUAUCAAUUUAGUCCUUACAAAGUAAUCUGAAUCACAAGGUUCUGGGUCUAAGUUGCUCAUUGGGGCUUGAGCAGAAAAGUCAAGGUUGACAAUCCAGUAGUACUGAGCGAGUUCUGUAUCCUAAGGUCCUGUCUUUCAGAUGAGACAUCAAACCAAAUCUGCCUGCUCAGAUUAUACAGUAUUAUAUGGGUAAAGAGCAGACAAUGGAGUAUUUUCUGAAGUACAGUCACUGUUGUAAUGUAGAAAUUACAACAGCUAAUUUGAGCUCAGGAAACUCAAACAGUAAUAUGAUAAUGACUAGAUAAUCUGUUUGUUCUGAUAUUCAUUGUGGAAUAGAUAUUGGUCAGAAUACUGGAUUAACUCCCUAGAUCAUUACUGAAAUCAAACCAUGAGAUCUUUGGCAUCAACACUUGUAGGCAGAUGGGGCUUUAGGUUUAAUAUCUCGUUUGAAAAUACUGCACUUCUGAUGGGGCAGUGCUCCUUUAGUAUACUUGACACCAAGGUUUUUGUGUUCAAGAGCUGAAAUGGGACUUGAACCUGAACCCUUCUGCUUCUGAGGCGGUGAACUACUAACUGAGUACCAGCUGAUACAUCAAUAAAGCUUGGUACUUGUUGCAAUUAUACCACAGCUGGUGAAAUGCUGAUUUGACAUGAUCCUCCUUCCCUCAAGUAUCAUUUUGUUUUGUCGUCAUCCAAGCUAAAGCCACUUUGAAUUAAGAGACUGAAGGAUCUGUUUCCAUGCUAUACAUCAGACUCUAAAAGUUGUAGCACAAUUAGCCUAUUGCCAAAUAAAUGUCAAACAGUGGAGGCAGAAGAAAGAGAACAGAAAGUUCCCGAAGUAUAGAGCAUUGAGGUAUUGCUUCAGGGAAUCCUUUACUGAAGGUGAAUGGAAAUGUCUGCUAAAUAUUUUCAAAUUAGAAUUAACAUCUCUUUUCACAAUUCAGUAAACAUUAUGCAAUUUCAUGUAAAUUUCAGUAGGAGAGAGGGAGUCAGGAAACUGAGCAGACUUGGGAUCUGUUGGGAUUUAUAAACAAUUUCAAUUGCAACUUACAUUUAUUAGUGUAAUAAAAAGCAAUAAGUCCCAAGGUGCUCCAUAGGUGGAUUCUGUGAAAUUUGAUAGUGACAUGUCACACAGUGACAUGAAAUGACCAAAAGCUUUACUCACUAGCCAAUUUUAAGGACUGUCUCAAAGAGAGACAGAUGCAAAAUAAUUUAGGGCAUUCUAAAGAUGCAAAAGUUCAAGACACCUGAAGGCACAACUGACUAUUCUGUACGAUUAAACGUGAUAAUAGAAUUGUGACAGUGGAGAUAAAUAUUAGUGGGCGGCACGGUGGCACAGUGGUUAGCACUGCUGCCUCACAGCGCUUGAGACCUGGGUUCAAUUCCCGACUCAGGCGACAGACUGUGUGGAGUUUGCAAGUUCUCCCCGUGUGUGUGUGGGUUUCCUCCGGGUGCUCCGGUUUCCUCCCACAAUCCAAAGAUGUGCGGGUCAGGUGAAUUGGCUAUGCUAAAUUGCCCGUUGUGUUAGGUAAGGGGUAAAUGUAAGGGUAUGGAUGGGUUGCGCUUUGGCGGGUCGGUGUGGACUUGUUGGGCCGAAGGGCCUGUUUCCACACUGUAAGUAGUCUAAUCUAAAAAAAAAAACGUCAUCAUUUGGCCCAACGUGUCUGCACCAGCUCAGCAUCAAAUUGAGAUGCUUGAGUUUCAGUUGGAGAAGGGUUGUCGGAAUGGUGGAAGUCAUGGGGCAAGGCAAUGCAGAGAUAUAAAGAUAAAUAUUAAACUUUUGAUGUUGCUAUACUGGAGGUUAUGUAGGUCAACAAGCAUAGUGAUAAUGAGCAAAUUGGACUUGGUGUGAUUUCAGUACAAGCAUCAGAGUUUUUAAAAUGAGCACCCUUUUAUGGAGGAUUGAAGGUGAUGGAUAGUAUUGGAAUAAUUGGGUCUAUAGGUUAAAAAAGGUAUAACUGAGAGCUUCAGCAGCAGAUAAGCUGGGCCAAAAAUACAUGAUGUUAUGGAGGUGGAGAUAGACCAACAUGGUGAUAAGAUUGCUGAAAGUUUGGAGCUCCUCCCUGAGCCAAUUAUAAGAAUCAAGGGAGGGGAUGAUCUCAAAGAAAUAAAAAUUUCUGCAAGAAAUCUGAAAAUAAAACGGUAGUGCUGGAAAUACUCAGCACGUCUUGCAACAAAAUGUUAAUUCUGUUUUCCUCUCAAUCUGUGAAGUUCAGUCAACAAACUGGGAGAGUGAUUAUAUCAGUGACUAGGCAACGGGUCAUAGACAAUAAUUACCUAAUACUUAGCGCAAUAUGCAGCAGCAGUAGAUUGAAGUGUACUAUCUAGUCACAUAUCCGAGUGCCUUGAAGGUUUAGGAAACUUGUCUAGUUGAACUAGUGUGUUGUGAACAGACAGAGAUUCCAUUCUGACUUAAAGUGAAUACUUCAAUAUUGCAAUCAUUUGCCAGUUUGAUGAGUGUUUAAUUGUAUGUGCUGUAACUGGAAAAGAAACAGACCAGUUUCAUUAAGUUUUAAAAUGGAGAAUUAUAUGUAUUUAUACUUUAAUUUAAAAAUAAAAAAGUGCUCCCACGUACAUGAGCAAAUGCAUUCUGGUUCAUAUACAAAAUUAGGGUACAAAGUGGGAUAAAAUAUUAUUAAUAAUUUUAAAAGUCCAGUGAAGAUUAAAGUGAUAUGAGUUCUUCGAGUUUGAUGUUUUGGGAUGAAUCCAAGCUGGGAGUGGUGGAUCUUCUACUUUCGCCUUUUGAGGCAGUGUAGAGGUGUCUGUCCUUCUGGGACAAUGCAGUUGCUGUGUUAAAGUAAAAACAGAAAUGCUGGGGAAACUCAGCAGAUGAGGCAGCAUCUGUGGAGAGAUGAAAUAAAUAAAGAGAGUCUGGUAUGACUCUUCAGAGUUGUCUUCCUUUGGAUAUUUUUCUGCCUAGUAAGUAUACAGCAUCAUUCUUCGAAAACAUUGCUUCAUAACAGUAGUCACGAAAACAAAUGCAAACAUUUAAAGUCAUUGGAAAAAUGAACUGAUAUUGAUGGGAGUUCAAUGAGUCAAAUUACCUCCAAUGCAUUUUCAACAGAUUGAGUAGCUUCCAACUGGCCCUCUGAGCGCUGGAGUACAAUUUGAGCCAAUCUAGUCUCUAAGGAGACCAAAACUCUACACUCUACUCUAGGUGCAGUCUCAACAAUGUCCUAUACAAUUGGAGCAAGAUGCCCUUACUUUUAUAUUCUUUUCACUCCCAUUUCCAUUCAUGCCCUCUUUAAGCUUAUCUUGCUCAUGAAAUGUAUCUCUUUGUCUCUUGACCCUAUUAACAAUCCAACUUCCUUUCCUGCCUCUGUCAGUGGAUAGGGCUUUCUACUCAUGCGCUGAUCCCCUCUCCUUGGAGAGUCAACCCUUGACUCCUCCAUCCUUGGAAACUGACCUCCAUCUCCAAUUUCCCUUUCCUAUCAAAGGACCUUGAGCAUGUUGGCCUUUACAUUGAUGCUCAUCUUCCUCCAUGUUUGAAUGUCUACAAUCAGGUUCCCAGUUCUUGACUCAUCCUUAAACAAUUUUUAAAAAAAGAGGUCACAAUGGGAUCCUGUAUCACUGUGACAAUGGUGAAUUACUCAUCUUUAUACUUCUCAACCUAUGUGUGACUUUUGACACAGUUGAUCACUGUCUCUGACUAUGACUGAAUAUCUAUGGUCAUCCUUCUCCAAUAUAAAUUCACUGUAAUUCUGCUGAGUGGGACUAGUUCCUGUCUUAUUUAAUUCUCACUGGACACUCUUAAUCAAUGGUUUCUGUUGCAGCACUACUUGUGGUGUCCUCCAAGGAUCCAUUGUUGGUUCCCAUGUAUUUCUCAACUCUUGCUGCCCUCUAUAACAUCAUUUGAAAACACAUUAUAUUUCAAAGUAAAUUGACAGCACUCAGUUUUGCCUCACAAUCACCUCUCUUGAUUCGGCCCAUUAAUGCUUUCUGUGGCUACGUAGUAUGCAAUGUUUAUCUGUCUUGCCCUACCCUUACACAUCCACAUACACCUCUGAAACCAUUCUCUAAUAUUGUCAUCCAGCUAUGUCAGGGUCAACUUCUCUUUUCACUGCCCUCCACUUUGAUCUCUAGAAUAGAUCACUGUAGUUUUUCAGCUCUGAUGAUCAACUUAGAAGUAACUUCUCAUUUUUCUGUACUUCCAAAGUUUCGUCCAGGUUUUUGAGUCAUCAGGGAGAUUGAUAGAAUGUAGCAUUGUAUAAAUUGCUUGCUGUUAACAUAUUCUGCAUCUUUGCAAAAUUUCUCUGGAUAUCUCCAUCAUCAGCCUAUACCAACUGGCAAAUAUUAGGCUAGAAAAGGGAUACCAGAUGUCUUUCAAGUGAAAGGAGGAGUAUGUCAACUACUGUCACCAAAGUUAUUUAAUUUGUACAAUGGAACAUAAUUAGAUGUGCUUCUAUAGGUAAAAUUGGAGGCAAGAACAGACUGUUCAUUUGACAUCUAGUUCUGGGUGAGCAAACAUUUCCUCAAAUUUAUAUUGGGAAGAUUGGAGUCACGUCUUUGGUUCACAAUACAAACACAGUACAGACCCAGCUACCAUUUCCAUCCUUCUCUCUUGCAUUUAUCUAAAGGUGGCCAGAAUGUUUGACCCCAAUACAAGCUUCCAAACAGAUAUCCAUGUGAUCACUAAGACCUCAUAUUUCCAUCAAUGUAACAACACCCCCAUGUCAGCCCCUGCCUCAUUUUGUCUGCUGCUGAAAUCCUCGCUCAUGCUUUUGUUACGUCCAGACUUGACAUCCCUCAUUCUUUCUUCUUUAAAUUUCCAAACCUUGUCCAUGUCCUACCUUGCACUAGAUCCUAUUUACCCAUCACCACUCACUGACCUAUGUUAGCUUCCACUUAAGCAGUGCACUGGUCUUUGUAUUCCUUUCUAUUUUCUUCUAAUUUUCUAGGCUAUGAUCUCUCCCUCUGUAUUCUCCAAUCCCACGUCCCUCCCAUUCCUUCAUUUGUGUAAGACUGGCAUUUGAAUAUCACUGAUUUUAACAUAUUGAUAGUUGUGCUUUCAGCUGCCUGAGACCCAAACUCUGGAAUUCACUUCCUAAACCCCUGAAUCUCGCAUUCUUUCUUUAAUAUAUUCCAAAAUACCUAAGCUUUUGGUUAUCUGUCUUACUAUCAUUUUUUGUUACUUAGUAUCAUUUUGUUUCAUAAUGCCUCUGAGAAGAACCUUAGAUCAGUUAUUAUGUUACAUUUGUUAUAAAAAUACAGGUCUGUGGGAUUGAUUUUAAAAUAACGAGUUUAAACUGAAAUAUUAAAUUUAUCAUGAUGCAAACAUGCAGGGACUAUCUCUUUUAAAUCCGUAUACAUGGUGCAUUUCAUCUUGUGAAUUACAUUAGGAUUAGAAAUUGUAUGACAGGGACCAGGGCAAGAAUUAUUUUGCUUUGUUUAAUUUAUGUAAAUGAGCCCUGUCAUAUUCCAUGGGUGACAUGCUUUCUGAAUACAACCAGGUGCCUUUGUUUUUAAUUCAUGUAGAUAAGUCAGAAUGUAUUCAGCAGGCAGUGUGUUUUUUUCCUUCUUGGCAAAUGAAAUAUGAGAUGAGAUUCUUCAUUCGUUCGCAGCUUGUCUGCUGACUGGAAAAGUUGUGUUUCACAGCCUCUGGAGAUGACUUUCAUUUAAUGUUCCAUUAAAAAUAUUAAUAGAAAAAGUAGAUUUGAGAGUUUUAGGAUUUUUUUGUUGUGUACUAUGU